AUACUUUUAACUAUAAUAACAAAAGGUGGUUAUAUCUGUCUAUGUUUUAGGCAUCAUUCUAGUGUGUCUAAAAUUUGAAGUUAAAUUAUCUCCUAUCCAGGAUAAGAUUCUGCUGUUGCCUAUGUAAAAGGAGAAGACAAUUUUCUUACAAUAAAAUAGGAGGGCAGGCAGUUGUGGCUUUGUUAAUGAGAGUGGGAGAUUAAAUGGAUUUCGGGCCAGAGUUUCUUGCGAGCAGCUGGGGAAAGGAGUUUGUGGCCGGAGGUGUUGGUGGGACGGCCGGUGUUCUGGCUGGUCAUCCCCUUGACACGUUGAGAAUCAGGCAGCAGCACUCAACAAACGGAACUGCGUUCGGCAUCCUCCGCAAUGUCGUUGCUAGAGAGGGACCCUGUGCCCUCUACCGGGGCAUGCUUGCUCCCUUGGCUUCCGUCUCGUUCCAGACUGCCAUCACUUUCCAGAGCUAUGCUACACUAUCACAAGCAUUUGACCCGAACAUUAAAGCCGGUGAUCCACCAUCAUACAAAGCGGUGGUUCUGGGAGGAAUUGGCGCAGGAGCUUUACAAAGCUUGCUUAUCAGCCCAGUUGAGCUUGUGAAAAUCCGUCUCCAGUUGCAAAGGAAAACCAAUGAGAAAAUGAACCAAUCAAGCAGCAAUAGAGGUCCACUAGAUGUCGCGAAAAGCAUACUCAGAGCUGAAGGUUGGAGAGGAAUAUGCCGUGGACUUGGGAUCACCAUGCUUAGAGAUUCACCAAGCCAUGGUUUGUACUUCUGGACAUACGAGUAUAUGAAAGAACAACUCCAGCCAGGAUGCAGGAAAAAUGGCCAGGAAACCUUCAGAACGAUGCUCCUUGCAGGGGGCCUGGCAGGAGUUACUAGCUGGAUUUUCUGCUAUCCCCUGGACGUGCUUAAAACAAGAAUUCAGGCUCAAUCACAUUGUUUGCAGUCGAGAUAUUGUGGAAUUGUCGACUGCUAUAGAAAAUGUGUUAGGAGCGAGGGAUACAAUGUGCUGUGGAGAGGUUUGGGCACAGCAGUUGCUAGGGCCUUCGUUGUCAAUGGAGUUGUCUUUACAGCCUAUGAGACAGCUCUGAGAUGCAUGUACAACAACAGCAAGAAUCAUGCAGCCGUUCAAACAGAAAAUGCCGUGGACGUUGGAGCUUCCAAAGGCUGAACUCCAUCAUCUCAGCAAGAUCUGCCAACGGCAAUUCUUGCAAGCAAAACAUGAAAAAAGCAAGAGUCCAGACCCAACACUAAGUACAUUAAAGAGAAAUACCUGAAGUUGAUACCCUUUCUACAGACAAAAGAAAUAUCCAGACACAAAAAUAGGCCAUGCAUGCACUCUUUGAAAUUAUACAAUAGUCCAGACCCAACAUUUAGAUUUGUGGCGACUGUAUAUAUUUAUGACACGGAAAAGCAUUAUCAGUUUAGUUGAGCAUUUUUUAGUGGUCAUGGGCCAUUUUAUUUAACAAUUCUUGCAUGAAAACAAAGGUUAAUUUGUUGGUACUUAUGAUCAAGAAUUGAAGCAGCUGAUUAAUCUCAACUGAAAAUUGGGUUUUUGAUGACGAUAUAUAACCUUGUUGUAUGCAACUGCAAGCUGUAAAUGAUCCCCCAUUUUGUGUGAGUUUAUUUGUUACUUUAGAACUCUUGCACUACUUCCCCAUAACCAUCUUGUCCCCGUCUUCAACGUGCAUAUAUA